CGUUUUUGUUUCAAUACAUUUCCCAGAAGGCAACGCAUUCCAUAUGUAUUUGUAUUCGUAAUGCUCCACUGUAGCAUUUAGCUGCCUAUAACGGUAAAUUACGGCUAUUUGCACCAGCUAACUUGGAUUUAAUCGCUAGUUGAUCGAAAAGGAUAUUUUGCUGGAAAACUAGUUUUCCACACAAAAUGUUUUGAAGCUCGGGGAUAUCAUAUCUGAUGAUCAUGUCUGCUAAUUUGUUAAGUGAGGGAGGUAACAUUAAAUGCACUGAUAGUGUUUACAGUAAUGAGAGUUGAUAUUUUCUAUUAAAUUUAUUUUUUAUAGCUGUAAUAUGUUGUUUGCCUCUUUUAGCAGGACAUAAUAAGAGCCGUAUGAGUCUGUAGCUACACAUUUGGUGGUCAUUUAAAAAGGUGUUAUUUGCUAAUGGAAAAAGAAGAAUGUAUUUCUCAGUGUCACAAAACGAGGGACAGUUCAACAUUACGAAAUCGGAAGGUCUUCCCAUCUCCAGAGCAAACCCAUCAAUCUCCAAUCACUCCAGAAUCAAAGAUCAAGCAAGAUGACACCUCCUGCUCAAAUGGUUCAUCUGGUGAUUAUUCAGCCAGAGCAAGUGUUGAUUCCCCAAACCAAUUGCUUCUCAUUGUAGUAACAGGACUAUCUUUCGCUACACGGCUCUAUAAGAUAACAGAACCCCCUCAUGUGUGUUGGGAUGAGACUCACUUUGGAAAGAUGGGAAGCUACUACAUCAACAGAACUUUCUUUUUUGAUGUGCAUCCUCCUCUUGGAAAGAUGCUGAUUGCUCUUGCUGGUUACAUGACUGGCUACGAUGGCACCUUUCCUUUUGUAAAGCCGGGAGACAAAUAUGAACACCACAACUACUGGGGAAUGAGAGGGUUUUGCGCCAUAUUGGGGUCCUUCCUGCCAAUCUUUGCUUACCUCAUAGUGCAGGAGCUGUCUCGUUCUCACACUGCUGCUCUCAUCACAGCCACCCUGCUCAUAUUUGAUACAGGCUGCAUCACCAUCUCUCAGUACAUCCUGUUAGACCCCAUCCUCAUGUUCUUCAUCAUGGCAGCCAUGCUCAGUAUGGUCAAGUUCAACCAGCAGAGCUCCAGGCCUUUUACUGCCCCCUGGUGGCUGUGGCUCGUACUGUGCGGUGCUGCUCUUGCUGGUGCUCUCGGGGUGAAGUUUGUGGGUCUGUUUGUUAUCCUCCUGGUGGGUCUGAACACAGCUGGAGAACUCUGGAGGAUUUUAGGCAACCUGAGUCUCUCACUGAUGGAUGUUGCAAAGCACUUCCUGGCCCGUGUUGUCGGCCUCAUCUUGCUUCCACUAUUUCUAUAUGUGACAGUAUUUGCAGUUCACUUUGCUCUGUUGAAUAAAAGUGGCCCAGGCGAUGGUUUCUUUAGUUCGACUUUCCAGUCGCGUCUCAUUGGAAACAACCUGUACAACGUGUCCAUGCCAGAGUACCUGGCAUAUGGCUCCACCAUUACUGUGAAAAAUCUCCGUAUUGCUGGAGGUUAUCUCCACUCCCACUGGCACUUAUACCCCGAGGGAGUUGGGGCAAAACAGCAGCAGGUGACAGCUUACCUCCACAAAGACUACAACAACAUGUGGCUGGUUCACAAACCAGAUAAUAAUACUCAGUCAGAGAUUCCUGAUUUGGUUCGUCAUGGUGACAUCAUUCGGUUGGAGCACAAAGAAACAACCCGUAACCUUCACAGCCACCUCCAUCAAGCUCCUCUGACCAAGAAGCACUUCCAAGUUACAGGUUAUGGAAUUAACGGAACAGGUGACUCUAACGACCUGUGGCAGGUGGAGGUUUGUGGAGGCCGGAGGGGUGACCUGGUGAAGGUGCUGCGUAGCAAAGUUCGCUUUCUGCACAAAGCCACGGGCUGCGUGCUGUAUUCAUCUGGCAAGACUCUUCCGAAGUGGGGCUGGGAACAGGUGGAGGUGACCUGCAGUCCGUACCUGAAGGAGACUCCAAGCUCUCAGUGGAACAUCGAGGAUCACAUCAAUCCCAAAUUACCCAACAUUAGUCUUUCACUACUGAAGCCUAAUUUUCUGGAAAUCUUGCUGGAGUCUCAUAUAGUCAUGAUAAGGGGUAAUAGUGGCUUGAAACCUAAAGACAAUGAAAUGAACUCCAAACCUUGGCACUGGCCCAUCAACUACCAGGGAUUGAGGUUUUCAGGUGUAAAUGAGACGGAAUAUCGUGUUUACUUACUGGGAAACCCUGUGGUCUGGUGGAUAAAUCUGGCCAGCUUGGGUUUGUAUCUCAUCAUGGUGACAGUGUCAUCUAUAGCUAUUCAAAGAGGAAUAUCGCUGCAGCAGAAAAGAUUAGAGCAUUCCGAGGUUCUCACGGGAGGAGGUGGACUUCUGCUGCUCGGCUGGCUGCUGCACUACGCCCCCUUCUACAUUAUGGGCCGUGUCCUCUACUAUCAUCACUACUUUCCCGCAAUGCUCUUCAGUAGCAUGCUGACAGGAGUUACAUUAGACACUCUGCUGAGAAAUGCCGAUCUGUUACUAUGCCAACCCUAUUCUGAUUGGCUGCAGAGAGGAGGGCAGAUGAUACUUUUAUUUACCGUUCUGUACAGUUUCUACAUGUUUCAUCCACUGUCCUACGGCAUGACGGGUCCUCUUGCACACGAGCCAGGCAGCGCCAUGGCUGGCCUUAAGUGGAUGGACUCCUGGGAGUUUUAGUCACUUUUACAAGAGCUUGACUCUAAUGUUGUAUAGUGCAGGUCAGAAGUUUACAUGCACUUAUUAUUGGCAUGAACAUCAUAUUAAUUAGGAACUACAAUGAGAAUUGGAUGCUCAGUUUUCAAUUUAAUUUGGAUUUUCUCCUAUCUAUAUGUGUAGAUUUUACUAUUUGUCCAUUAGAAAGAUUCAAGUGUAGAUUAAAGCUUUUGUGUCCAAUUCUUGACUGUUAUGUUUAUACAAAUUAUUGAAGUUGUUUGUCGUAUUGUCUGCUUAAAGGAACAAUUCAAAUGCAUCAAUAAAACACCCUUAUUAUUAUGGUAGUCAUCCCCAUCAAGAGUGUAUGUAAACAUUUGAUCUGAACUGUUUGCUGCUUUCUAACAAAAAUAUUUUCUUACAGUACUGACUGAAAACGUAUGUGUCCUAGUAUUUGUGUCAUAGCAUUUCUUGUAUUGCAGGCUGUGUGUAGAUGAAGAACUGUGUGUUGUGUGUGAGAGUAAAAACUAGAUGCCAUUCAUCGACAAGAAACCCUUUCUCACACUAUGCGUCCCAUCUUUAUUUAGCAAAGGUGCCUCCUAUUAACUGAUUAUGGAAAAGCUGAGUAGCUUAAUUCUGCGUUGUCUGAUUUUUCAGGCAUUUUUUUCAGUUGUCCUCAUUUUAGAGUUAGUAGUCAACUGCUUUUGUGAACAACUUCUGAAAGUUUUUAUAUUUUAGUGUGACAAAUAAACUGAUAUUCUUUUA